CUUACCUCACAGCCCGACUCUGCCGCAAUUUUGUCUGUGGCUCGCAACAAACUUUAAACCACCCGACGCUCACAGUCAAUAAAAGCUACACCGGUUGCCCUUUUUCCAUUUGUUUCCAUAGUGGACCGUGUCUGUUUGGUUUCGGCAGCUACUCUAUUCGGCUUGUUUGCUUCGCGCUCUAACGUCGAGCCUCCGCGAACAUACUAGUAAUAGACCAGAUGCUGAGAGCUACUUCAAGCCAUCCAGCUGGAUGUUCCCUGCGCUCCAUGAAACUCUUCCUCUUAUUGCUGUUGCAACACUUUGCAUCGAUCGUUGCAUUCUCUCUCAUUUCUCCCGAAUGCUCAUUCUAUCAAAUACGGACAAAGCCGGCUCAAUUGUCUGGCACCGGUUGCACACGCAGCUGUAAGAUACGCUUGACUAAACGUUACGGUCUAUUUCAAGCCGACGCCGAAAGCGAUGGUGCGUCCAAGCUCCCGCUUGAAUCUUCGAACAGUACUUCGACGAGCGGCAGCACUACAUUCGCCAGUGCCAUCGCUUCGACCUUGGAUGCCCCCGUAUCUGACGCCGAUCUCGAUAUCCUGGACUUUCUGGAUGAUAUCACGGAGAACGAGCACGAUUUGGUAGCAUCACAGAAAGAAAUUGUAGCGACGCUGAAAGACAUGGCAAUCUCGACAACCGCAGAAUCUGUUCCCUCCUCCAACAACAGAAGGAUUCAAGACUCUCAGUCUGAUUCUUUGGCACAGGAUGCAGCGGCAGACGACUUUGAACCAACCAUAUGGAAAAUCUUGACCGAAGGAGGAGUCAAUCCGCUCCUGGAGUCUAACUUUAUCAAUCGGGAAAACUCUGGCAAUGUUUUUAAGAACGGGAUUGGUGGUGAUGGUGGCGUUGUCUAUGACGUUAACCGCCUCAAACGCAAUUUGCUGCAGGAAACCAUGCAGGCGUUCAAACAAGAUUUACUCCGACUUCUCAACACACCCGAUGCCACCGAGCACGCCAUUGUUGAUAAACUCGCAGCGCUGGUCCAGGCCAGCCCGGUUCGCACGACGACCGAUUCGAAUCUACUAGACGGUACAUGGGGACUGGCAUACCUCUCCAAGUACACCACGUUACAAGACUUAAAAACUUCUGUGGUGGAGCGCCGCAGACAGGCUCGUACCCAGGAAGAAGAGAAAGAAAAGCAGAGCUCCUCGCUACCCCCGGCGCACCGAAAUACAGGCGGGAAGGAAGGCCUGUGGCGAACGUCGCAACGGGUCUUUUACUUGGAAGAUGUGAGUGACGACGAAGAUGCCUACGUACUAGAUCAUCAGUUUUACGUAGGUGGCUGGCUCACCAAAACGACCCGGUCGGCGGUACGAGGCCUCACACGGCAAAGUUUGCGAUUAGAACCGUUGUGUUCGACCUGGACCAUAGGUGGACGAGCGAUCAAGAAUAACACGUCUUCUCUGCCAAUCUCCCAAUCAUGGCAAUUCAUAUAUUCGGAUAUAGACCUGUGCAUUGUCGCAGAUUCUACGCAAAACGCCUUCGCCGUCUAUACAAAACAUGAGGACUGGGUGGAUAGCACGCAACGCCGGAGACGAAAAUGGAGAUUGGCCCGUGAUUAUUUUCCAACCUUGAUGCGUUCCAGGCGCACGUCAGCGGCCUCAAUGACGUUGCAACAUCAAAAAUCUUGGGAGACGGCCCAACGUGGGGACCCAUUGAUCCGGGAAAUCACCCUGGAUCAAGCCCGUUUGCGUGUUUUAAAACUCGGGGAUUUGUCGUUCAGCAUGGAUGACGAAGGAGCUUGGGACGGUAUGGCUGACCCCUUUGUACAUUUGACCGCCGACGAACGUCAACGCGUUCUCAAGGCCAUGAGAGUGAAGGACGUGGAAGCCGCUGGAAAAGACCGUCGAUCACAAGCACAGCGAUGGGGAUGGCUGACUCGGAUGAACCCGUCCUCCCGACGGACUUACUUCAAAAAGCCGAAGGACAAACAACGAGAUGCUGAAUAG